CCUUUGAAAAAUACAAGAGAUGCAAACGAUUACUCUUCAAAUGAUUCUUUUAACAUUUUAGAAAAGCCUUUGAAAAAUACAAGAGAUGCAAACGAUUACUCUUCAAAUGAUUCUUUUAACAUUUUAGGA